AUGUACAACCAGCAACGCCUUGCCAUGCCGGAUUACUUCCCCGUGGCCUCGUCCUCCUCGGCCGUCAUGCAGGCCCAGUCCCAGCCCAACUAUGACGCCUACGCCGCCGCCCCCAACGUGGGCAUCCCCCCCAUGCAGCACCGCGCCUCCUCGGGCGCCUGGACCCCACAAGACGACCAGACUCUCCUGGCGGCACGCGCGCAGGGCCUCAACUGGGCACAGAUUCAGAUCACCUACUUUGGAAACAAGACGCCCAAUGCCUGCCGCAAGCGCCACGAGCGCCUCAUGGAGCGCAAGGGUGCCGACGACUGGGACAACCGCAAGCUUGAACGUCUCGCCAAGGAGUACAUGAGCAUGCGCAGACAUCUGUGUAUGUCCAACGGCCUCAAGAACUUGCAGAGCGCUGCCCGCAGCGCCGCGGGCCGCGAACGUCUGGAAUCCGGCCAGCCACUACCACCAGGGUAUGACGAUGAUAGCGGAAUCAGCGGCAUCGGGUUGACACCUGUUGACGAGCUAGACCCGUCCUACAGUAGCCCCGAGACGGCCUCGUCGGGCGGCCAUUCGGCCAGCGGCGAAAGCAACGGUUACGCCUCGCAACACCACCAGCACCACCACCAGCACUUUGCCAUGCAGCCCAUGCCUGGGUCCUACUACGGCCACCACCAUCAGCAGCAGAACCACCAUGGUACACAAGCUCGGUCUCGUCGAACGGUCAGGUGCUGCGUACAGUGGCUCCGGCCACACGGGGCACUCAACAAAGCCCGGAGCCCGUACCAUGCAUCCGCACGGUCAGAGGCUGCCGAGCGUCGAUAUGGGCAUCGAUGCCAUCAUCAACAGACCUGGCGGUGUGCAGCAGUUGUGACGAUGACGCAAUGA